GAGAUCCACGGACUUUGCGCAGAGACCCACAGACACGCAACAUCGACACGCACAGAGGGCUGCGGUUACUCGCAUAGAGUAACAUGGACACGCAUAGACACCCAGAGAUGCAAACAUAGACACCCAUAGACUCACUAUGCAGAUAACCAUGGACUCACAGUAGAGAAGCAUUGAUUCACACCGACAACUAUAGACUCACAUAGAGACACAUAGACACCCACACAUAGACACACACACAAAGACACACACACAUAGACCAGCAUAGAGAACCAUGGACUCACAUAGAUACCCAUAGACUCACACACACAGACACCCACACACAGACACACACACAUAGACCAGCAUAGAGAACCAUGGACUCACAUAGAUACCCAUAGACUCACACACACAGACACCCACACAUAGACACACACACAUAGACCAGCAUAGAGAACCAUGGACUCACAUAGAUACCCAUAGACUCACACACACAGACACUCACAUAUAGACACACACACAUAGACUAGCAUAGAAAACCAUGGACUCACAUGGAUACCCAUAGACUCACACACAUAGACACCCACACACAGACACACACACAUAGACUAGCAUAGAGAACCAUGGACUCACAUGGAUACCCAUAGACUCACACACACAGACAGCCACACAUAGACACACACACACAGAGACUAUCAUAGAGAACCAUGGACUCACAUAGAUACCCAUAGACUCACACACACAGACAGCCACACAUAGACUAAGCAUAGAGAACCAUGGACUCACAUAGAUACCCAUAGACUCACACACACAGACAGCCACACAUAGACACCCACACAUAGACCAGCAUAGAGAACCAUGGACUCACAUAGAUACCCAUAGACUCACACACACAGACACCCACACAUAGACUAGCAUAGAGAACCAUGGACUCAUGUAGAUACCCAUAGACUCACACACACAGACACCCACAGGCACAAAUGGAGGAGGCACAGAGGGAGACAGAGAGACAAGGAGUUGAAACAGAAGCGGGGAGUUUAACUCGGACUUGACUUACUCGCCGGCGCGUUCGUCCUGUUGUGUCUGCGUCAUCUCAAGACACGAGGAGGUGAUGGGGGCUACGAAGAGGUGAGAGGCGAUGUGGGGAAGCACAGUGGAGACGCGGCGAGAUGGUGGGAUAUGCGGAGACACAGCGUAGGUAGGGCGGAAUCAAAGUGAAGACGCCGAGAGACAAGCGAAGACAAGAGACGAGACACACGUGGAGACACGUGGAGAGACACCGGGGGAUUAAGGUGUCCAAGAGACAAGGUGAAGAAGACGCGUUGUGGAGACUCACUCUCCUCGAGGAGACACACGUGGAGAUAAGGACACAGACACGCGGAGACUCCCGACACAGCUGCAGGGCUACCGAUCAAACGCCGAUCGCACGCUCGCUCACGGACAAAGCGAAGAGCGGAACCAUGUAGCGGGAGACCUUUCAGCUCGACAAGGGGAGAGAUCCUCAACGCUUGGUGGGGAAGAGUGGCGGGCGGGGGGUUCAGUGGGGGGCUCUGCACCCCCCCGAACACUUCCGACCCCCCGCAUCAUGGAACACGCGUUCCGCACCCUGCCCCCAUACCCCUCAAAGACCCCCAAGGAAGAGUUUGGGGGUCUUGCUGACCUCUGGCCGAAAGAGGAAGCGUGCCAUCUGGCGUUUGACGCAGGCAGCUGCCUGGGUACCCUGGACGACACCUCCCGGUCCUUCCUGCGGCCACGUUCUCCAGCGCCUGGCAACCAUCUCCAUGGCAACAGCAGGCCGCAUCCCGGCAUGCACCACUCUCACCUGGCCGGACAUUACCUGGAAUGCAGAUACGGAGCGAUGACCGCAAUUUCACAUUCAGGCGGUCAAGCCGGACAACCGCGUCAGGAGCCAGCGGAGUUGUGUAUCACCGCGAUGAUGCCUCCUUCCUUCACCACUGCAGUGGCACCACCACCACCGCCGCCGCCAUCAGCAGCAGCACCAGCUUGUUGUUCCGGAGAGUGCAGUGUCUCCACCCUGAGCUGUCGCACCGCCCAGCUCCGCCCGUGCUCCUUUGCCACCGCCGGCGCCUCGGGGAUGACGACGCCGUCGCCGGCCUCCUGCUGCUGCCGCCACUCGGCGUGCCGGCACGCGGGCGCGGCUACGACGGCCCCCGGCGGUGCUGCCGCCACCACCGCCGCCGCCACCGGUGCUGGGUUCCUGUCCGCCUCCGCGGAGUUCCACGGCGGCGAGGGUCGAGCCAUGGCGUCGGUGCUCCUCCCGCCCGUCCACGGUCAGGGCCGUGCCCUGCUUGAAGGGAGGACACCUGAGAAUCGUCACCAGCAGCAACACCUCCACCAGAGCCUUCAGCAGCACCAGCAGCUUGGAGAGCAGCACCAGCAGCAUCACCUCCGUCAGAGCCUUCAGCAGCACCAGCAGCAUCACCUCCACCAGAGCCUUCAGCAGCACCAGCAGAAUCAGCGGCGGCACCUUGGAGAGCAGCGUGAGCCGCUCCGCCCGUCCGUGCCGUCCUGGCUUUGCGCUGCGUCUCACGGCGAAGGCGCUGGCUAUUUUGGCGCCGAGCGCCAGCGACCGGCGCCACCGUUCCCGGCGUGCCAGAGCCUCUCCUCCUCCUCCUCGGCGGCCACCGCAGCGGGGACUGGCGGCUUCCCGGCGGCGUGUGACUCGGGGGACCCGGCAAUCAGCGGCGGCGGUGCAACCGGCGGCGGCGAGGCAUGCCGGUGGGAGGAGUGCCGGGCGGCGUUCGGGCGGCGCGAGCAGUUGUGCCGCCACAUCGAGAAGAGCCACGUGGAGCCGCAGCGCGGGGAGGAGUUUGCGUGCCAGUGGGAGGCGUGCGGGCGGCGCCGGCGCCCGUUCAACGCGCGGUACAAGCUGCUCAUCCACAUGCGCGUGCACUCCGGGGAGAAGCCCAACAGGUGCAUGUUCGAGGGCUGCCCCAAGGCGUUCUCGCGGCUGGAGAACCUCAAGAUCCACGUGCGGAGCCACACGGGCGAGCGGCCCUACCUGUGCCAGCAGCCGGGCUGCAGCAAGGCCUUCAGCAACUCGAGCGACCGCGCCAAGCACCAGCGCACGCACCAGGACACGAAGCCGUACGUGUGCCAGGUGCCCGGCUGCAGCAAGCGCUACACGGACCCCAGCUCCCUGCGCAAGCACGUCAAGGCACACGCGGCGACGGUGGCGCAGGGAGAGGCCCCUCCAGGGCACGAGUUCCGUCCCGACCCAGGGGCCCCACCGCCAGAGCACGUGACCCCCGCUGCAUCCACAUGCACGGAGGAGCUCUUUACAGAGACGGAGCGAUCUCGCGACGCGGCUAGAUAUCGGACGGUCGCAGACGGCGCAGCGAGGACGGAGCAGUUGGCGAUGCCUCCACCACCAACCUGUCACUCGGCUGUGCCGCAAACGCCAGCGCACCGGCUCGGCCCGUGCCACGUGGCGCACGCCCGUGCUGACCGCUACGCAACACUGUGCUCCUCCGGCCCUCCCGUCCGGAGCAACGACGCCACCACCUCCACCGGUUCCGCCACAAUUUCUGCGUCACCGACGGGUUACAGUGGCAACGUUUACGCCUUCCAGCUGCCUCUCAGCCUGAAGGCGGAGAACUCGCCCGCAACUGAAGCCAUCACUGGCAUCUCCACCACCACCACCACCCACACCGCCAGCUCCACUGCCAUUGCCGUCUCACUCGCGCCAACUCUCCUGGCCACCGCCGCACAGCCACCGCACGUCACCGCACCCUGGGCACCAGCUCCGCACCAGCGGCGGGCUCCGUCUGCCGGAGCUCUGCGUGCCGAAGGCGGCGCCGGGCUUGGACCGAUUCUGGGCUGCGAGCUCGAGGUGGGUGAGAAUCGGCAGCAGCAGCAGCAGCAACUUCAGCAGCACAAACAUCAACAGCACCAGCAGCAGCAGCAGCAGAUUCAGCAGCACAAACAUCAACAGCAGCAGCAGCAGCAGAUUCAGCAGCACAAACAUCAACAGCACCAGCAGCAGCAGCAACUUCAGCAGCACAAACAUCACCAGCAGCAGAUUCAGCAGCAUCACGAGCAGCAGCGUCAGGAUCAGCUGCAUCAUUACCCAGCGGUCACUCCGUGGGACACCUAUGCAGGCUGCACCACCGCCGCGCAGGUCAAGUGCGACUUCCUGCAGGAGCAGUUCGCCACCCUGCCCGGAGCGAGCUUCCUGCAGCUGUCCCUCUAACGGGGUCUUCUUUAUCGCACUUGGCAGCCCUUGGUGGCCUUUCGUGUGGCCCCUGGUGGCCCCUGGUGGCCUUUUUUGCGGCCCCUGACAUGCCCCCCCCGCCCGCCCGACUAUACACAAAGAGUGAAAACACCCCCGGUCAUCAUCGUGCUGCCGUCAAACCCCAAAUGACUUCACAUGUGUGGCGGUCCUCACACCGAUGAUGUCUUAUGGGCGAAUGUGACCCCCCCCUCCCGCCUCUAAAAACGUGUGAAGAAUUUUGACCUCGUGGAUGUCUUCGCACGUUCGUGCAAAGGUCACGGCCCAGCCGUGGGGCGUGUAUGGCUGGCCUCGAAAUGUAAAGGGGGUAUGCCUAUCAGUGCUGCCAAAUAUAGAGGCUGUAUGUGUAUCUGUGCUACGAAAUGUAAAUGAGGGGCAGGGGGGGUGGGCAGGGUUGCCACCUCUAUAGAUUCUCAAGGGAUCGUCUUUGUUGAGAAGAGGUUUUCCACUUUUUUCUGUAAACAAAUCAGCUGUGUUAAGAUGUUAAAACACCAAACUAAAACCUAUAACAAGGAAUCAUGUCUGCAUUAACCACAAUACUUGUGGUCAGAAUGUAAGCAAAAAACAUACUCUGAUCGCAUAUGCAUAUGCUAUCAGAGUGUGUUUUUCAUAUGCUAUCAGUAUUUUUGUUUGCAUUUUGACCACAAGUAUUGUGGUUAAUGCAGACAUGAUUCCUUGUAAAAGGUUUCAGCUUUGUUGCCAGAAAAAAGGGGGAAACCCUAUUCUCAUAUUUUGGGACAGGCAAAGGAGGUCCCAUGAUCGUCCUUUGUUGUUUUGUUUUUUCUCGCAGCAGCGGUUCUGGAGAAAUCUCAGUUUCACACCUAGUAGGCUUUCGCAACCAAUAUUAUUAAUUAAAUAUUUUUUUUGGCGUUAGUUCGCGUAAUUAUCAAUGUGUCGUUAACCCACCACCACCCGACACAGCCAACCAGUAAGGUCUGUCACGUUAACAAAACGUGCCAAUUAAUUACGACUUCAGCCCAUUAUCAAUUUGUUUGCCAGAUUUGGCAGUAUCACCCGAUGAUGCUGGAUGUAAUUACCAGCGAAAGCGAAACGUGACAGUACUCAAAUUGUAAAUGUUGUGGAUUUACUCUCCAACACACCGGUGGGCUGAAGUACUUACUAAUUGGACACGUUUUGUCUAUAAUACAAACCUUACUAAUGGGCUUUGUCGGGUGGUGGGAGGGGAAAAGUUUAAACGUCUUCCUGGGACAUUGAAAGCCCCCAGCUUCUGUAAUGUGCGUGAUGAUGCACCAUUCAAGACAAUGCGUUUACAUGUUAGUUUUCCUCCUUAUCUGGUAUUAUGAUAUAUAUUCUUCCCGUGAUGCUUUGUUAUGGUUAUGCCUUAGAGGUGGCGACUCUCAGAGUUUUGGGGGGGCGGGCGUAGCGUCCCAUUGUCUAGCAACAGGGGUCAUUCGAGGAUAACCUGCAGUCUGUUCUAGAUGAUUCUAUAAUGACAGAUCUCUGGAGAUGUUUUGGUUUAUAAAUGUUAUACAUUUGAACCGUGUUUUUAUUGUACGUGUUCCUGUCAUAUGUUCGGUCCUUGCAGUAUACUAAUUGAUGUUUCCGCCACAUCAUCAUGUAAAUAGUUAUUCCUGUACAGCGUCUGGCGAUAUAAUCUUAGUGUUAAAAUGCUAU